AUGAUACCCGGUGGAUUUCUUAAUAUAAGUGGUCGACGAGUACCAAAAGAGCUUCAAAUAUUGUUGAGUUUUGGGCCUAAAUAUAGUCCUAUAAAGGUUCCAAAUAUUAAUGAUUAUUUUGUGGCUUUAAAUAGCUAUAAUGAGAUACAUCAAGAACAAUGUAUAAUAUUAGAUUAUCAAAGUCCUUUAGAGAUGCAAAAACAAUUUUCCCAGUUUUUGGAAAUUAUGACAAAAUACCAAAAACCAAAUCGAACUCAUCAGAUAUUAUUUCAAAUGUAUGCAUAUGCAUCCGAGUAUAUUAAAAAACAAAAAGAUCUUAUAAUUGUACAAGCUGACAAAGGACAUUCUACAUAUCAAAAUUUAGAAAAAGGUUCUUAUGUGUUAUUCUCAGGGAAUCAACAAGCUCUAUUUAAUCGUCUAACAGCACAUUUCCGAAGAAUAGUAAGGCCUCUCUGUCAAUGGCAUGAAAAGGAACCAACAUCUUUUCCGAAAAACAUUCUACUGAGUUUACAGCGUAUGAUAUCCAAUUGCAAUCCCACUUUUUUUAUGUUAAAAUUACAUAAACCAGAUCAACCACUACGACCAAUCUGUAGUCCUUUGAAUUGGUACAUUCAUCCUCUUCAUCAAUUGGUGCAGCAUGUAUUGAAAGAAACUUUAUCAGAUCGUAUGUCUAAACAUAAUUUGAAAAACAUGAGUUAUCUAACCGGUUAUUUGAUUUCACUCCAACCAUUACCAGAUUAUGUUUUUAUGUCAAUGGUUAUAAAAGAUAUGUAUCCAAGUACAAAUGUAGCAUCCCUCUGGCGCACCCUGAAAAACUUAAUGUGUCUACCUUGGUUUCUUGAAUCCUGUCCAAUUCCAAUAUUAAUGUUGACCAUGGCGUUAGAGUAUAUACUGAAUAUUAGAAAUUACUUCACAUUUGAAAAUAAAUGCUAUUUGCAAACAGAAGGUUUGCCUCAGAGGGGUGCUGCGUCGGGGCCACUUGCAACAAUAUAUUUAGAUUCCCAAAUUGAGAUCCAUACACCGGCUCUGUUUCAUCAGCAUAAAAUUCAUUCCUGGUGGAAAUAUGUAGACGAUGUUCUGUUAUAUAUCUCACAACAUGAUAUACCAUCUUUCGUUGAAACCUUUCAGGAAUUAGUCGGAUAUGAUGUGACAUACGAAGUGGAGUCCGCAAAUCCAAACUUUAAUAAUUAUCCAACAAUCUCAUAUUUGGAUUAUAAUAUUAUACAUACGCCAACUGGUUAUCUCAUGUCUUUAUAUUAUAAAAAACAACAGUCUAUGAGGAUGCUGCAUUAUACAUCGCACAUAUCUUAUCAAGUGAAAAAAUCUACAAUACUUUACUAUUUACAUCGAGUUAUUUAUAGGACUAGUUUGGAAUAUUUAGAACAUGAUUUGUAUAAUUGUAUUACACAAAUAUUAAUAAAUGGAUAUCCCUAUGUAAUGGUACAGGAAAUUUUAUAUCAUUUAUUAAACACCUAUAUGCAUCAAAACUCAAAAUAUAUCCAGAAACCUACUUACGCACGUUAUUUAAUAUUACAAAAAUAUCUUCCUGCAACUAAUUAUCCAGGUUUACAUGAUAAGCAUCCACGUCCACGAAGAUAUAGGAGAAGUCUUGUUUACAGUUGCGAUGAAAUAUCAAAGGUUUUAACCCAGACAACAAAUACUUUCCAAGAUAUAAUGCAGCCAUUUACACGUUCAGAAACCUUAUUUACAUUAUUAAAUAUGUCAUUGCGUUCAAUAUCUUCAACUUCCUCAAGUGUAACACCAUAA